CAUUCCAAGGACACACUCCAGCCUCAAGGUGCUUGGAGCUGGGUCAAGAUGACAGGAAAGCACAGGCAGGGAAAAGGCGCAGUUUUCUGGCAGGCUUGUCGGGAUCCGUGGGUGGGGAGGUGGGCAAUGGAGAAGGGGGCGCCAUAACCCGCUAGUCUAGAGCGGAAAGGCGACCACGUAUUCCCAAAGCAUUGGUGUGUGGCCGCGGCUCCCACUUGCAGGGCGCGCAAAACUGCGGAGCCGCGCGGCCCUCGAACUCUUCCUCCCCAGCGCCCGCACGCGCCACGAGCGCCCCGAUUCGCCCGCGCGCCCCGAGCCCCGCCGGCGCCCGGCCUCCCCGCGCCCUGCCGGUGUGCAGCCCCUAGCGGCGCGUCACGGCGCGGCGGGCCUCGGCGCGCCGGCCUCCCGCCCGCCCGCCCGCCAGCUCUCCAGCUCGCCCCGCGCGAACCAGCUGCGGAGGCUGGGAAGCCGCCCGAGCCAGACCGCCGCGGUAGCCGCCUGCAGCCGCCAGUCCGAGGUGCAGGCCCCGGAGCCCCGGCGCGUCCGUGAGGGAGUGGGCGCCGCGCCCGAGGAGCCGCAGAGCUCGCCUCUGCACGGCGCAGAGGGCGCGGAGGAUAUUCCCGGUGAUCUUGGAAGAGUCGUACCAUGGAAUCCAUCUCUAUGAUGGGAAGCCCGAAGAGCCUAAGUGAAACCUUUUUGCCUAAUGGCAUAAAUGGCAUCAAAGAUGCAAGGAAGGUCACUGUGGGAGUGAUAGGAAGUGGGGAUUUUGCCAAAUCCCUGACCAUUCGACUGAUUAGAUGUGGCUAUCACGUGGUUAUAGGAAGCAGAAAUCCUAAGUUUGCUUCUGAAUUUUUUCCUCACGUGGUAGAUGUCACCCAUCAUGAAGAUGCUCUCACAAAAACAAAUAUAAUAUUCGUUGCUAUACAUAGAGAACAUUACACCUCCCUGUGGGACCUGCGGCACCUGCUCGUGGGCAAAGUCCUAAUUGACGUGAGCAAUAACAUGAGGAUAAACCAGUACCCGGAGUCCAAUGCUGAAUAUUUGGCUUCAUUAUUUCCAGAUUCCUUGGUUGUCAAAGGAUUCAAUGUUAUCUCAGCUUGGGCCCUUCAGUUAGGACCUAAGGACGCCAGCCGUCAGGUUUAUAUAUGCAGCAACAAUAUUCAGGCUCGACAGCAGGUCAUUGAACUUGCCCGUCAAUUGAAUUUCAUCCCCGUUGACUUGGGAUCUUUAUCAUCUGCCAGGGAGAUUGAAAAUUUACCCCUGCGACUGUUUACCCUCUGGAGAGGGCCAGUAGUGGUGGCCAUAAGCCUGGCCACGUUUUUCUUCCUUUACUCCUUUGUCAGAGAUGUGAUCCACCCAUAUGCGAGAAAUCAGCAGAGUGACUUUUACAAGAUCCCUGUUGAGGUUGUGAAUAAAACCUUGCCUGUCGUUGCCAUUACCCUACUGUCGCUGGUGUACCUAGCAGGGCUCCUGGCAGCUGCCUAUCAACUUUAUUAUGGCACCAAGUACAGGAGAUUUCCGCCUUGGCUGGAGACCUGGUUGCAGUGCAGGAAACAGCUCGGAUUACUAAGUUUUUUCUUCACUGUUGUCCACGUUGCCUACAGCCUCUGCUUACCAAUGAGACGGUCAGAAAGAUACCUGUUUCUCAACAUGGCUUACCAGCAGGUCCAUGCCAACAUCGAGAACUCCUGGAACGAGGAGGAGGUCUGGAGGAUCGAAAUGUACAUCUCCUUCGGCAUCAUGAGCCUCGGCCUGCUUUCCCUGCUGGCGGUCACUUCCAUCCCCUCCGUGAGCAGCGCUCUCAACUGGAGGGAAUUCAGUUUCAUUCAGUCUACACUGGGGUACGUGGCUCUGCUCAUAAGCACUCUCCAUGUCCUAAUUUACGGCUGGAAGCGAGCUUUCGAGGAAGAGUACUACAGGUUCUACACCCCGCCAAACUUUGUUCUUGCUCUGGUGUUGCCCUCAGUUGUCAUUCUGGGUAAGAUCAUUUUGCUCUUUCCGUGCAUAAACCGAAAGCUAAAAAGAAUCAAGAAAGGCUGGGAAAAGAGCCAGUUUCCGGAAGAAGGCAUUGCCGGAGCGAUCCCGCAGCUCUCCCCGGAGCGGGUCACGGUGAUGUGACGCUGAGUGGCGCUCCCGGCUGCCACGGGAAGGUGUUUUGAGGACUUCCUCUGUGUUCCGCUCUAAGUGCGCUGUCAGUGAGGCAGGUUGAUGAUACCUGUGAAAUGAGAGUGCAGUCAAAUUAGUUACAGAAAUUUCUUCAAGUUAAUUUUCACAAGUGUCACAUUUUGCCAAUAUGAAUUUUUGUAGUCAGCAUAUUGUUUAAAUUUAGGUAUGUUUUGUUUUUGUUUUGCACAACUGUAACACAAUUGUUAUUUUAACUACUUCAUACUCGGGCAAAAAUAGUCAUGGUUAGCAAUAUAGAUAUGGCAUAAUGUUAAAAAUACUAUGCAAACCAGCAAAAUUUUAAGCUUUUAAUAUAAUUCAUUGAAUACAUUUUUUCUGAAGCUUAAAUUUUUAAUUAUUCAACUUAAGAAAUAGAAAUGCAUAAUCAUACAUCAUUUUUAAGAAAUGAUACAUUACAGUAGCAUCUACAUAAGGGUGCGUAGUAACAUUCCUGUAUUUCUCUCAUAAGAUAGGAUGUGAAGAAUGUCGCUAAUUGUAUGAAGCAAUGUGAUUUUAUGAUAAAAGCAAAUUUAAAAGACAAACAUGAAAUUAUUUUAACAGUGCACUGGAGACAUGACAUACAUGCUGAUAAUGCAUACCUCAUGAAAAUUUACUCUUUCUCAUGUGCAGAGCAGUUUCAUUUUCAUAUUAAUAUGUUGAUCAGGGAGAGGACUCCAUAAUAUUUGGGUUCCCAAACUGCCAUCUCAGAUAUGUUGCCAGUUCUGGGGACUGUGUAAUUGUUCUUAGACAAACUACUAGUUGUUUGUCACCACACGUUAGCCAACACCACUCUCUCUGGUACGCGGUUUUACAGAUUAUAUUCAGUGAAGGAUUAUAAUGUACCAGGCACCAUGCUAAGCAUUCACUUGUGAUACCCCAUUGAAUACCCAAAACAACUCCCAUGAGAUAGGUAUGAUCCUCCUUUUGUGUAUGAGGAGCUGAAGGUUAGAAAGGGCAUUACUUACCUUUUUGCCCAAGUCCACACAGUUAGUAAGUGGCAGAGUGAACCUGCAAGUCCAGGUAACCAUAUUUCAGAAGCCACGGUUGUAACUACUGGGCUGCACAGCCUCUGCUCCAUCCCCAGGCAUAAAAGACGCUUCCUCUUUUGUAGGAUGACACUGGCAUUCGACAGUGGUUUGUUUCUGUCAGUCAUAAAUACAAUACUGCUCAUUGGGCAGUCCAGUCACUUUACUGCAACAGGAGCCUGGAGACCCCAAGCAGUCUGCGUGCCUCCCUGUGCAGUGAAGCCUGGGGCAGAGAGAGAGCCACAGCAGUGCCAAUAAGUUACUGAGGUCCUGCAGAAUCUUUUAAUAAUCCCGGUGGGGCUGGUCAUCUCCCUUUCUCUGCCAGACCAUCCCUCCUGCCUGCACAACCAUUCAUUACGGAGCAGUUUACAGCAUGAAGGGUGUGAGGAUAAGUGGUUAAUUACAGAUCUCCUGUAGAGACAGAAUCAUACAGAUUAUUCAUACAAGUUUUUGGUGCUGACAUUCCACCUCAAAUUGUGUUUUGUUCAAAUCUUAGAAUGCUCUAUGUGUUUUUCCAUUGACUCUUAUUAAGAUGGGAAGUUACAGCCAAGAUGCAAUUAUAUGCAUUCCUCUCCAGGAAAUUAUAACAUUUCUGAACUUACCCACCGACUUUAAUCCAGCUGCCAAAAAUAGAAGGACUUUUCUUUAGCGGGCUCUACCUUUCCCACCACCAGCUGAUUUCCCACCAUUGCAUUGUCGGUUUGAUGAACUAUUCAAGACUCUCUGAUGUUCUCUGCUUGGUGAAUUUUAAUAUCUUGUAUUAUUCAGUUGGGUUCUCUGUGUUCUUUAUUUAAUUACAUUUCUCCCCUCUUGGGGAUCACUUGUUGUCCAUGGUUGGAAUUCAAUUGGAUGAUAACUUUUAAGGGUAAAUACCUAAACACACUGUCAUACUUGAAGAUAUUUUCAAUACCGUCUUGCUCCUCAAAUUUCACUCACUGAAUACCAUACCCUAAACAUUCAAUUUGGAAAUACAAUGAAAUAGUUCUAAAAGUUAGAUGACUACUCAAGUAUAUUGUUGCAUGUUUAUAAUAAGUAGCCCACAAUAUAAAUAAAAGAAUCAAAAAAGAAGCCUUUGAAAAUAUAAAAAAAAUUCUGAAAAUGUAUGAAAGACAUAAUUGUUCAAAAUGAUAAUAUCUCCUUUUCAGUCUUAUAAAAAUGAGAUAAUCUUGAAGUUGUAGGGUAAAUGUAGUAUAUUAAUUAUUAUGCUAAGUGUUUAAAGCCUUUCUAAAAACGAAAUUGAUUUUACUGCUUCUACUGCUUAUGUGAUUAUGUUUGUGAAUCAUUAUUUUUCCUAGUAAGUAUUUUUUUUGCAUCAUUCUGCUGUCCUCAGAGGUAGGACUAAUUUCUGCUGUUGGUAAAUGUGAGAAUGGAGUGUUAACUUCAGAGCAGUGACUUGUGCCCUGAUGGGUGUUUUGAGAAGCACCCCUGAGAAAAUUAGAAGAAUAUAGAAAAUAUACCCAGUCUUAAUUCUAUGCAAAGAAAAUCUAGUAACUUUUUCCUAUGAGGAAAAUAACCGUGAGUUACGUCAUGCUACUUAGCUUUUAUGUACAGACUUAGUGUCUUCUCUAGUAAGAAUCUUUAAAGUCAUAUUUAAAUAUGACUAUAUUCAUGCUAACAUUUAUUUUUCAAAGCAUAUAUGGAAAUCAGCCCAGAUAGUCUACAUGUGAGAUUUUUAUUUAAAUUUUAAAAUAUGUAAAAGUAUGAAUAAAUUAUAUUUAUAAAUAUUUAUCUGAGAUAAUUAUUUUGGGCUACAUACAUAAAGAUGGCUAAUGAGAUCUGGUGUUACACUACCUGGUUAAUUUUUGUAAAUUAGCAUAUCCCUCACUUAAGGAAUUUUACUUUCAAAAUUCUGUGACAGUAGCUUCAGAUAUAUUUAUACUUAACAUCAGUCAGAUUAUGAAAACUGUGUAAAAGGGCUUUGAGAAUAUAGCAUAUUCAGUUUUUUCAUUUGUCUAGUGUGAUAUAAAACCUUAAUUCUUUUUAAUUGCCUUUUGCCAUUAAAUUAUUUCAUAAUAGAUUCUAUAUGAAGAGUUUUCCCCACAAAAGAGGUUUAUUUAUGAAACUUAAGGUCUCCUAGGUGAUAUUUUAAAUAAAGUACCGUAAAUAUAACUUAUAGGUAUUUCUUUAGGAAUACUGUAAACACUGAACUAACUAUAGCUAUAGCAGUCUAUAAAGUCCACAUUUUGUAAUACGUGUUUAAACAGCCUAAAAUGCUACGUUGAAUUUAUUUAGUAAUUUAUGACCUACUACACAGAGUAUAUUAGCCUCAGGCCAGUGUCAAGAUUGUGUCAUCAUGAAAUGACAUGUUCCACUCUCACUUGUUCAUAAGUAGUAAAACACAGUCAGGCAUAUAUUCUGUAUCUGUCAUUAGCUCUAAAUGGAACUGCAGUAAUUUUAGUGAAAAUACAAUCUGUUCUUACCUUUGAACAAUGAGAUUUACUGGAAUGAAUAGAUUCUUGAGUUUUUUUAGUGGGAGAAAAUUUUAAAGUGCUGAAUUUUCAAAGAUUCUGUCCAACUGAGACAAAAAUGUCCUUUGUUCGGCCCAAGACCCACACACACACUGAGAAAUUUUUUAGCUUUCCCAACCGUAUGACUAAAUGGGUGACUAAAUGGGUUAAAUUAAGUCACAAAAGCAGAUGCUUCUGUGUGGUUUCCAAAUUGCCAGCCUUGAGAACGUGUUCUCUCCGGAUUUCUCAGUACAGGUCUUGCUCAGCUUUGUAGAUUCGGAGCCGGGCAGCAAUGGAAGUCGUGUUCCCCUCCUUUUACGAGCUGCUACCUUUCCCACGCCUCAGCUCCCUUGCAGCUGGCUGUCCUGCUGCCCAAUGAGAUCCAGUCUCCCAGGGGACAGCAGCCCGUGUUCUUGCUGCUUCCUCCUUGCUGCUGGGGCUGUGGACUUAGCAGGAGCCCUGGCCACUGUCCUCAGAGGAUUGAGGCCACCCCCUCCCCCACAAGGCAGUUUAGACUAGAAAGACCUUGAGCAUUUCCCUACUUCCACAGCUUUUUCUGCAUUUAAGCCAUUGCAAAUGUUGGGUUUAUUUGCUACCUGAAGUCAAAAUUAAUCCUUUCUGGAUUUGGCUUCUUUAUCAUGAUACUGUGUAAGACUGUUCAAAUAAAAUAGGCUGCAAUAAUUCUUACCUUUAAAAUCUUGUAAAGGGUAAUGUGCAAUUCAUAUUAAAUUGGAUUUCCAUUGUCAGUUAAUUGUGCUCAUUUUCUUGCCUUGAUUUUUCAUUAGAUAUUUUGUAUCUGCUUAGAAAAUAUUGUUUUCUUUAUAACUGUGUAAUUGAUAUUUGCUAAAUCUGUGUAAUCUCCAAAGUAUCACUAUCAAGUUACAUGCCAGGUUUUUAUAUCAUUCUCAUAGAUCUGCUUUAUAAACAUUUAAAUAAAAAAUACUAAUGUUUUCACUUCUUUUGAAAAA